GAAGACGGUUGAAAUCAGCUGAGAUUUUUCGGUGGCAUCUGUAACUGAAAGAACUAAGGAUGGUGCGAGCAUCAAAUCUGAGGGCUUGCUUCAUUAUAUGUGCUGCACUUCAUCUAAUUCUUGCCCACCAACACCCUGGACUAAUCAUCUUAAAUGGGACCACAGUUGAAGCCUAUUACUUUGAUCUGGAGAUCUCCAACCGGGGCUUCGACAGCUCGCUUCUAGAUCCCACCUCAGAAUACUACAACAGCCUGACUUCUGAAGUUAAUUCAUUGCUGAAAGCUGCCUUUACAAGUUGUAUCGCUAACCCUAAUGCCUAUAAAGGCACCAGAGACAUGACUUUCUGGUCAGGGAAUCUCACCAUUGCAAGUAUGACUAUUUUGUUUGAGUUCAACGAGUCCUUCAUAAACACACAUGUAAUCCUCGGUUGUUUUGAACAAUUAGAUGACAAAUCCACCGCUAUUAAAGUCAACAAAGGAUAUACAAAGAUAAACGACAUCAAACCUGUGACAGUAGGAACUACAACUACACCUCCUACCACAACAACACAGUUAACCUCCAGCACAACUACACUCCCCACAACCACCACCACAACCACCACCACGACCACCACCACAACCACACCCACAACCACCACCACACCCACACCGACCACCACCACACCCACAACCACAGCCACAACCACCACCACCACCACACCGACCACCACCACCACAUCCACACCCACCACCACCACACCCACCACCACACCGACCACUACACCCACACCAACCCCCACCACAACCACCUCCACCACCACCAAACCCACAUCGACACCCACGCGCACCACAACAUCAUCCUCUACUACUCCCAAGGCUACUACCGCCACUACCAGCGGCUCAACAAGUGGCCUUGAUGAUGUUACUACUGACCACUCAGCCUCAGCCUCAGCCUCAGCCUCAGCCACCCCUCUGUACACCACAACAGGGACAGCCUCGACCACCGCUGCGUACCUUCUUGUUCCCUACUGGUUUGACUGGGUGCCUGGAUGGGCCAUCGCUCUGCUUGUAUUGGCCGCCCUCAUCCUGCUCCUUCUCAUCAUUCUCCUCAUCCUGCUGUUGAUUCGCUGGUGUUGUAUGGAUGAGCCUGAAGAGCCAAUCAAAUCAGAGCGUCCAGAUCCCUACCACUCGCCCUACUUAUCCCACUCUGCAGCCAAAACACCCAUACUCAACAUGACCAAUCAACCCAUGACACCAGAGAAGCCAAAGGAGGGCAGAACAGGGAUGUAUGUGGUGAAUCCUUGAGUUGUCGCAAUACAAAGAUAAUCAAAACAACAAGCUAAGACCUGUGCUGGAGCCCUUGAUUGUGAUAAUCAUGAUAAAGGACUGCAGUCUCAAAGUACAAAUGUUGUUAUUGCUGAAAUAUACAUUUUACACACAAGUUAGAACUGUGUUAGUGUAGCAGAGAGAAAGACUAUUUAUUAAUAUUUGUCACGCUGUUCAGAAAGUUCUUGUCUUUUCAUUACAGUAUAUUGUGCCUAAAAUUGAAGCAUUGAAUUUACUGACAUUAAAAUGUAAGGUAAUCGUCUUACAUGAUUCAGAUUUAGGUUAGUGUAAAUACAUGCUGCCUGGGCCUGGUGCUCUGUGAGGAUGGGCUGCUUUGCUGAGAUGAACUACCAAUAUAUUGUUGGAUUUAUUAUUUAUUAUUAAGGGCUGGAUUAAUGCACAGGCUCGAUAUGGCUGCAGCCUAGGGCCCCCACCUGCCAGAGGGCCCCUGAUUAGCCAAAAGUGAAAAAUUGCUAAAUUGUGACAAGAUUCAAUAUUGAAAAAUGUAUUGUAUGUGUUCAGUACAGUUGGUAGAUAAGUUAUCCUUAAUUC